AAAAGACAGAAGUAUAUCGUGCUUCAUAGCAUAUUUAUUUGUCUCGCUUGCAUUCGCAGUUUGCCUUGAUCGUACCUAGGAUAUUAGUCGUAUAAUCAUGCACAAGUCAAUUCUUAUUGUAUCGUUGGCUGCGGCCGUCUCCGCUCAUCAAAAUCUUCAUCAAUUUUGGGUCAACGGGGUUUCUCCUGGCUACGAGAUUGGAAUCCGCCGCCCUCCUAGUAAUAACCCAGUUACUGAUGUGAAAAGCAACGAUAUUGUAUGUAAUGUCGGAGGCGACAAGGUUCCCUCAGGGGUAACGACUGUUCCAGCUCGGGGAGGAGACACUGUAACAGUUGGCUGGGAUCCUUCAGGCCAUCCCGGCCCCAUCACUCAUUUCUUGUACGGACCGGUGGGCGAUGCCGCUAAAGCCUCUGGAGUUGGGGCAGGCUGGUUCAAGAUUGACGAGCGCGACUACGUAGAUGGACAUUGGGCAAAUGAAGUGGUACAGAACAACGGCGGGAACUACACGUUCAAGUUACCCACGGGCUUGAAGAGUGGUGAUUAUCUCCUUCGCUCAGAAAUGCUGGCUCUCCACGCCUCGCAGACGGUUGGUGGUGCUCAGUUUUACAUCGGCUGUAUGCAGUUGAAGAUCACAGGAAGCGGGGGACAAUGCUCGCCUACAAUUUCUUUACCCGGGGCUUAUAAUGCCCAGGACAAGAACAUUUACAUCCCAGAUGUGUAUAACGGCUUCGACCCGACGACAUACGCUGCACCUGGCGGCCCUGUCGCGGCAUGUAAAUGAUGAAGUAUAGACUCCCAAAGUCUUACAAUUUCAACAUCCUACUAUUGUCAGUAUCUCGGCAUCAUGUAACAUGAUUGAUACUACAUUAUUAUGGACCACUAGGUUAAGGGACUAUGAAUUCUGACCCAUAUGCUCGAGCGAAUGCUGUAUCUAAUUGACUCUGCUCACUCUUUGUAGUCGGUCUUACGAAUAAUGCAGGUACCUCUUAUUUUAUAUCACCGUGUAUAAAAGUCACAUUAGAAAGAUGAUAUGAAAAGUUUGAAUUAAAAUUUUCUUUAUAA